AUGCCCUUUAAUGACACAGAUAGGAGGAGGGAUGUUGUUGCGCAGCUGAGACCGGCGUGGAAUUGGUUCAAAUGGACAGUGAUUAUUGUGACGGAGUUUGGGGCGUUCCUCGUGAGUUUGAAGGAGGUUUUGGAAAGCGGGCCGGCAAGAAGGAGGUAUCAACGUAUUGUUUAGGUACGAUUUGUCGAUGGGGUUUGUGCUUGAUGUGAUAUUUACGCGAUGGGAUUAUGUAAAGUUUGUUGUCGCUUCUUUGCAA